AUGACCUUAAUGACAAGCACAUUGGGGGAGCAGAUCCCCGCCACAAUGAUAAUGCUUGGCAUUUUCUGCAGCAUUGGCAGUAUCGGCAACACCAUUGUCAUUGUGAUCUACGCAACAAAGCACGAUCGCAUGACAUCCACUGUCUUCAUUCUCGCUCUUGCGAUGGUGGACUCCUUUGCGUGCGUCUGCCUCAUGCCUCUAACCAUUUACAUUGAAUCAGUCGAGUGGCGCAUUCAAUCGGAGUUUUUGUGCAAGUUCUACUACGUCAUCAACAACUCCUUCAUUCCCUUCUCCUCCCUCCUAAUCUCCGGGAUUGCUUUUGACCGCUACUUUGCCAUUUGCCAUCCCUUCUCAAAGAUCAUCACAGUGACGAGGGCCAAACAGAUUAUUGGCGUGAUGCUGGCAUUGGCCCUUGUUCUGGGCGGAGUUUCGGCCAUGACGAUUGUGGUGGAGCAGAACACCGCGUCGAAUGCCACUGCACCAGAGUACGAGUGCACGGAAACCCGAAUGUUGAAUACUACUGAGGCUCAAAAGGCAAUCUACCAUGUUGUCCAGGGCAGUCAGAUCUCUAGCUAUGUGCUUUGCAUCCUCUCAGUGGUGAUCCUUUACGUGCUCAUUUUCCGAACUGUUCUCAUUAUGCGACAACGUAGAACGCGGUUGAUAGGAAAUAAACUGCGAAUCCAGACCCCUUUCUCUGACAGCGGCAGUCCUAACAAGCCCAAAAUAGAAAGCAACCCAGUGGAGCCCCUGUCGGGCAUUUCACAUUCAAAUGUUCAAGCCACCAAUUCCAUGAAACAACAAGCUGAAGAGCACAACGAGCUUCUAGAACAGAAUGUGGUCUCGGAGAUCUGGAAAAAUCGGCUGAAGUCGAAUGAAAAAAAGCAGACGUCAGUUGACAUCUUGGACGAAUCAAAGUCCAUCAGGCCGGUGCCGGAAAAGGGGGCAUUUUCGUUUAAAAAGAAACACAAAAAACGGAGCUCAGCAACGAGCAAGCCAGAGGGGCAGCAGAGUCGACGAAUAUCGUUGCGUGGGUUGAAGGGGAAUGCCGUGCUGCAGAACAUGAAGACGGCUGGAAUGCUGUUUGUUGUGGCUCUUGUCUACAUAAUCGCCCUCAUUCCAGCUAUGCUCAUGGCCAUUGGCGUUAUUGACAUCUACCUGCCUAUCUUCUACAUGUACUAUGUCAAUAAUGCCAUCAACCCGAUUAUCUACUGUUUUAUGAAUCCCAACUUUCGAGAAGAUGUACAUACCUUUUUCACUGCUCGAAUUCGCAAUUUUCACAAGGUUCACUAA